CUGGUGGCCCCGCCCAAGAGUCCUCCUUCCCGGGGCCACCAGCCCGCGGCCCGCCAGGCCCGGUGGGUGGGCGCCGGGCCGCUUCUCCCCGCUGGCGGCGGUGACUCGGCGACCUUGGCCCAGAGACUGUAGCAAGAUACACCGGCGGUGGCGCCGCGGACUUUGCCCAGUGCGAGAAACCGAGCGGACUUUGUGUCCGGGGAAGGGCCGCAAAGAUGUUGGCUUUCGCGUCCAGGACAGUGGUGGCCUAACCCCGCUUGGAACAGGAGAAGACUGAGGCCCAAGGUCAGAGACCAGAUCGAACCCAAAUCUCGAGGCGGUAAAUUACAGCCACCCGGGAAAGAGAGUGGGGACCCAAGAUUCAGCCUGCACCUCCACCCUUAGACCCAGAGCCACGGAGCGCGAAGCCAGGAAUGUCUCUGGGAAGCCCGGGCAAGUGGCUGCCUCUUGCUAGGUUCUGCUCACCCCCUUGGUAGCACAGUUAGGCUUAGAGGUCCGGUCCAAGGCAGACAGACAGGGCUCAGAACCUCAGUCCUGCCAUGGAGGACGGGCAGCAGAAAGAGAAGGUAAAGCCCUUGGGCUUCCUCAAGCCCUCCUCCUUGGCGAAGGUUUCCAGCCGCUUCAAGGCGCACCAAGAUUCGCUGCCGCGGCUGCCUGUGCCUGCGCUCCAGCAGUCCCUCAACGGUUACCUCAAGGCGCUGCAGCCCAUCGUGAGCGAGGAGGAGUGGACCCACACCAAGCAGCUGGUGGAAGAGUUUCAGACCCCCGGGGGCGUAGGGGAGCGUCUGCAGAAGGGGCUGGAGCGCAGGGCCAGGAAGAUGGAGAACUGGCUGUCCGAGUGGUGGCUCAAAACAGCCUACCUCCAGUACCGCCAGCCCCUGGUCAUCUACUCCAGCCCUGGUGUGGCACUGCCCAAGCAGGACUUUGUGGACCUGCAGGGACAGCUCCGGUUCGCUGCCAAAUUCAUUGAGGGCGUGUUGGAUUUCAAAGCCAUGAUUGACAGCGAGACCCUGCCCGUGGAGUACCUGGGGGGGAAGCCGCUGUGCAUGAACCAGUACUAUCAGAUCCUGUCCUCCUGCCGCGUGCCGGGCCCCAAGCAGGACUCGGUCAUCAGCUUCAGCAAGACCAAGAAGCCGCCCAUGCACAUCACCGUGGUGCACAACUACCAAUUUUUUGAGCUGGACGUGUACCACAGCGAUGGGACACCCCUGACGUCGGACCAGAUCUUUGUGCAGCUGGAGAAGAUCUGGAACUCGUCACUGCAGACCAACAAAGAGCCCGUGGGCAUCCUCACCUCCAACCACCGCAACUCCUGGGCCAAGGCUUACAGCACCCUCAUCAAAGACAAGGUGAACCGGGAGUCAGUUCGCUCCAUCCAGAAGAGCAUCUUCACCGUGUGCCUGGAUGCACCCAUGCCCCGGGUCUCAGACGAUGUGUACCGCAGUCACGUGGCCGGCCAGAUGCUGCACGGGGGUGGUGGCAAGCUCAACAGCGGCAAUCGCUGGUUCGACAAGACGCUGCAGUUCAUCGUGGCCGAAGACGGCUCCUGCGGGCUUGUUUAUGAGCACGCGGCGGCGGAGGGGCCCCCCAUCAUUGCCCUUGUGGACCACGUCAUUGAGUUCACGAAGAAACCCGAGCUGGUGCGGUCCCCCAUGGUGCCCCUGCCCAUGCCCAAGAAGCUGCGGUUCAACAUCACCCCUGAGAUCAAGAGCGACAUUGAAAAGGCCAAGCAGAAUCUCAGCAUCAUGAUCCAGGACCUGGACAUCAUGGUGAUGGUAUUCCACCAUUUUGGGAAGGACUUCCCCAAGUCGGAGAAGCUGAGCCCGGACGCCUUCAUCCAGAUGGCACUACAGCUGGCCUACUACAGGAUCUACAAUCAGGCAUGUGCCACGUACGAGAGCGCCUCCCUGCGUAUGUUUCACCUGGGCCGCACCGACACCAUCCGCUCCGCUUCCACAGACUCCCUGACCUUCGUCAAAGCCAUGGAUGACGCCAGCGUGUCGGAGCACCAGAAAGUGGAGCUGCUGCGGAAGGCCGUGCAAGCCCACCGAGCCUACACAGACCAGGCUAUCCGCGGGGAGGCAUUUGACCGGCACCUGCUGGGCCUGAAGCUGCAGGCCAUUGAGGACCUGGUGAGCAUGCCUGACAUCUUCAUGGACACGUCCUACGCCAUCGCUAUGCACUUCAACCUCUCCACCAGCCAGGUCCCUGCCAAGACAGACACAGUCAUGUUCUUCGGGCCCGUGGUCCCCGACGGCUAUGGCGUUUGCUACAACCCCAUGGAGACUCACAUCAACUUCUCCGUGUCGGCCUACAACAGCUGCGCGGAGACAAACGCCGCCCGCCUGGCGCACUACCUGGAGAAGGCUCUCCUGGACAUGCGCGCUCUGCUCCAGCACCACCCUCGGGCCAAGCUGUGAGCGCCCUGUGCUCAGGCCUGCUGGUGUCCCGGCCCAGCUGCCACCGGGGCUGGGCAGCCCACCAGGGUUCCACCCCUCCGGCUCCCUACCGUCCCCCACCCCUGCCCCGGGCCCCGCAGAUCUGCCUGAGCCAGGGAUGGACGGCAUCCCCAGCGGGGCCUGCAGGCCCGAGCCAGUGCCUUCCGUGGAGCUCAGAGCCUAAGCAGGACAUCGGACCCAGGUGUCGGGUGUGUCCCCCCAGGAGCCUUCCUGCGGGGACAGGAACCAGAAGAGCCUGUCCCUGUCCCUCCCCAGAUUAGCAGACUGGGAAGACUGGGAAGUCCUUUUCUUGCGAGCUCGGCUCUCGCCAGCCUCCACCCCUGCCCUCUGCACUGCUGAGCUGGUGUCUGUACCCCAAUCGCCAUCCCCAGGCUCCCAAGGAUCUAGAGACAGGACUAUCGGGGGCUCUAGCCUUCCCCAGGGCCAAGGGCAGGGUGCAAGGUGUGCUGGUAAGCGAAGCCCAAGGCCUUGCCUCCGCCCGCCCUGCGCGGCAGCAUGACCUCCCCCUGCCGCACUCUUUCGGAUGGUGUGGCCCGGGGGCCCCAGCUCGCCCGCUUCCGUUCAGCUCGACUCCUGAGCCACUUUCAUGGUUGUGUCACAGUAACACGCGAGGUGAUUAAUAAAGGGGAAUUUGUCAGCGAA